AUGAUUCUGGACAUCAGCUCCGCAGCUUUCUGCUGUGCUACGGGGAUCAGGCAGCUGCAGAGGGAGAUGCCAUUGGAAAACAUGGUGCGGCCAGCUGGUGUCUCCUGGGAGAGUGAUGAAGCUGGGUUUGCCAAGGUGGCUGUUGCCAUUGAUAGGGACAAGAGUAGCCAGACUGCUCUGAAGUGGGCUUUGGAUAAUCUGGUGCACCGCGGCCAGAGCAUCACUCUGGUUCAUGUUAACACUAAGGGAAAGGAUGAGGCAGCCACUGCGCAGGCCAGGGACCUGUUUAUUCCCUUCCGCUGCUUCUGCACCCGAAAAGAUAAGCUGGGAAUCAGCUACAGUCUCUUAACUUGUUCACAGGUGAAAUGCAGCGACAUAAUCCUCGAAGACAGAGAUAUAACGAAAGCCAUCAUCGAAUUCCUGUCACAAGCUGCCAUAGAAAAGCUGGUCGUCGGAGCCCAACCAAAAGGAGGAUUUGUCAGAUUGAAGAGUAGCAGCGAUGUUCCGAGCAGCAUUUCUAAGAGCGCGCCUGACUUCUGCUCUGUAUACGUUAUUUCGAAAGGAAAGGUGGCUUCGGUGCGCAAUGCUGUUAGGCCGCCACCAGUCUCUUCUGUUCGAGAGGAAGUACAUGCACAAGCGAGUUUCAAGCCCAAAGUCACGGAAAGGCCUCCACGUGAUGACUCCUUUAGUGAGGAAAGGGAAACAAUAAGGUCACCAUUCACUCGACCUGGAGCAAACCAGAGAUCAUAUAUGGAAAUCUCAGUGCCAGAAAUCGAUAUAUCAUUUGUGAGCUCAGAAACAUCAUUUCCCAGCUCUAGCUCUGGAAGGCCAAGUUUUGAUCGCCCCCCCUUACACCCAAUGCCCUCCAAUUCAUCAAACAUCUUGGAACCUAGCUCCAAUUUCAUGGGAACACCAAUUAGAAUAGACAAACAUGUCGGCUCCUUCACUGACCACUCCUGCUUACAAGACCUUCAAAACAUGGAAGAUAUGGAAGCUGAGAUGAAGAGAUUGAGAUUAGAACUGAAGCACACUAUGGACAUGUACAGCAAUGCCUGCAGGGAAGCAAUCACAGCCAAGCAGAAGGCAAUGGAGCUUCACCGGUGGAAGAUGGAGGAAGAGAACCGCUUAGAAAAAGCAAAGCUUGCUGAAGAGACUGCACUGGCUAUGGCUGAGAGGGAGAAAGCAAAGGCCAAAGCUGCCAUAGAGGCAGCCGAGGCGUCGAAAAGAAUUGCAGAGCUUGAAGCAAGGAAGAGAAUUGAUGCAGAGAUGAAGGCGGUGAAGGAAACAGAGGAGAAGAACAGAGCAUUGAGUGCAUUGCAUAAUGACAUUUACAGGUAUCGGAAGUACUCCAUAGAAGAGCUUGAGUUGGCCACCAACCGCUUCGCAGAUAGCCGGAAGAUUGGAGGUGGAGGCUACGGUCCACUGUACAUAGGCCAACUGGAUCACACAACGGUAGCCAUCAAGGUUCUACGUCCCGAUUCUUCCCAAAGUAGAUUACAAUUCGAGCAAGAGGUUGAAAUCUUGAGCCGAGUGAGGCAUCCAAACAUGGUUCUCCUCCUUGGCGCAUGCCCUGAGUAUGGCUGCCUCGUCUACGAGUACAUGGCCAAUGGAAGCCUCGACGACCGCCUCUUCCGGCGAGGAAACACGGCGCCGUCUAAGGAUAUGUUUAUGGAAAAAAAGAAAAACGGCAAGAUAGUCUACACCUUCCUACAGACCAGCCGCAGAAGGAAUGCGAUAGGAGCCCUUCUAAAACGGCAGAAGAAGCAGGAGAUCCACGCUGUGAUUCAGCGAAAGGAGCAGGGAAUCCAGCGAAAUCCUCGCCCGUCCUCCGAUGCGAUCUCAUCGCUGCUUUCCUUCGCUGAAAUCACGGCCCUACUCGGUGUCUUCGUGCAAGGGAUCGCGGUUGCGGUUUAUUCCAUCUACUUCAAAUGA